GGGAUCUUAGCAACGUUUUCCAAACUCUCUCCGCUCACUGUUUCUCUCUGGCUCUUUUUUUCAUUAUCCUACAGCAUACUUUCCCCCUGGCUCAUUUUUUUUUCUCUCUCUGAGUGUGACGUGUGAGUAGAGUUCCUGCCCUUGUUUCGUGCAGUGUCGUUUCGAAGGAAGGAGAAGGACUCAUGGAGACGCGGUCAUUUACUCUGACCUGUCAUGGGCAGGAUGAAUCGAAGGUAUAAACAGGAGGAGCCAUGAGUGUUUGGGUGUGAGUGUGUGUGUGUGUUUGUUCCUCACAGGAGGAGUUAAGCAAGAGGGAGGAAAAACGUGAAGAAGGAGACCGAGACUGGGUGAAAGUGGCUCUGGAGGGGAGACGUUAAGUUGCCUAAUUGUGUUGCCCAUGGGCGAAUGUGGAUGAGAAGCUGCCGCUGAGACGUCUGACACAGGAGGAGGAGGUGCAGCCUGAGGAGGAACCACCAGUCGAGCCUUCUGCCAGCAACAGCAGGACAGGAUGAGGUACCAGGGCAGGGAAGUGGAUAUUGACGGGAGAGUGAGAUUGGUGAUGGAGAGCGCCCUCACAGCGCGGGACAGGGUCGGAGUGCAGGACUUUGUCUUGCUGGAAAACUACAACAGCGAGGCCGCGUUUAUUGAGAACCUGCGGCGGAGAUUCAGGGAAAACCUCAUCUACACAUACAUUGGCUCAGUGCUGGUGUCUAUGAACCCCUACAAAGAGCUUGAGAUCUACUCCAAGCCACAGAUGGAGCGCUACAGAGGGGUCAGCUUCUACGAAAUAUCACCUCACAUCUACGCCCUGUCAGACAACACGUACCGAGCCAUGCGGACAGAGAGGAAGGACCAAUGUAUUCUUAUAUCUGGUGAGAGCGGAGCAGGUAAAACUGAGGCCUCCAAAAAGAUCCUCUUGUACUACGCCGUCACCUGCCCCACUAAUGACCACAUGGCCGCCCUCGGGGAACGUCUGCUGCAGUCCAACCCUGUUCUGGAGGCAUUUGGAAAUGCCAAAACACUGAGAAACGACAACUCCAGCCGCUUUGGGAAAUACAUGGAUGUCCAGUUUGACUUUAGGGGGGCGCCAGUGGGAGGACACAUCCUGAACUACCUGCUGGAGAAAUCCCGCGUGGUGCACCAAAACCACGGCGAGAGAAACUUCCACAUCUUUUAUCAGCUCCUGGAGGGGGGGGACAACGAGCUCCUCAACACACUCGACCUGGAGAGGAAUCCUCAGAGCUACCCCUAUCUGGUGAAGGGGAACUGUCCCAGAGUCAGCUCCAUCAGUGACAAGAAUAAUUGGAAAGUUGUGAUGAAGGCCUUGCCUGUUAUUGGCUUCACUGAGGAAGAAAUACAGGAAUUGCUGAAUAUCAUCGCUGGAGUUCUCCAUCUGGGAAACACUCAGUUUGGAGAAGGAGAGGAAGGAGAAACUUAUGUCACCACAGAGAACCAGAUAUCAACUCUUGCAAGGCUGCUGGGUGUUGAUGGCUCAGCCCUCGAGGAGGCACUCACACACAGGAAACUCACCGCCAAAGGGGAAGAGAUGAUCAGCCCGCUGACCUUUGAGCAAGCGGUGUCGGCCCGCGACGCCUUGGCCAAGACUGUGUAUGGUCGGACCUUCACUUGGUUGGUGGAGAAGAUCAACCAGUCGCUGGCUCUGAAGGAUGAAAUCUACCACAACAGCAAAGGAUCCUCAGUCAUCGGGCUUCUCGAUAUCUAUGGGUUUGAGGUCCUGCAGCACAACAGUUUUGAGCAGUUCUGCAUCAACUACUGCAAUGAGAAGCUCCAGCAGCUGUUCAUCGAGCUCACCCUCAGAUCUGAGCAAGAAGAGUAUGAAACGGAAGGCAUUGAAUGGGAGACCGUGCAAUAUUUUGACAACAAGAUCAUUUGCGACCUGAUUGAGGAGAAGCACAAAGGCAUCAUCUCCAUUCUGGAUGAGGAGUGUCUGAGACCUGGGGAGACCUGUGACGUCUCUUUUCUUGAGAAGCUGGAGGACAAAGUGGGCGGCCAUCCCCAUUUUAUUACGCACAAGCUGGCCAAUGGCAAAACCCGCAGAGUGAUGAGUCGGGAGGAGUUCAGACUGCUGCACUAUGCUGGAGAGGUCAACUACAAUGUGAACGGUUUUCUUGAUAAGAACAAUGACUCCCUGAACAGGAACCUGAAAGAGGUCAUGUGCCAGUCAGACAACCAGAUCCUAAGUCACUGCUUCCGCAGAGAGGAAGUGAUAGACCAGAAACGCCCCGAGAUGGCUGCCACUCAGUUCAAAAACAGUCUGAUGAAACUUAUGGAGAUCCUCAUGUCUAAAGAGCCGUCCUAUGUGCGCUGCAUAAAACCCAACGAGGCCAAGCAGCCAGGAAGAUUUGAUGAAGUCCUGAUCAGACACCAGGUGAAGUACCUGGGCCUGAUGGAGAACCUGAGGGUCCGCAGAGCUGGCUUUGCCUAUCGUCGUCGCUUUGAGGCCUUCCUGCAGAGGUACAAGCCGCUGUGUCCUGAAACGUGGCCCAACUGGCAUGGCCCACUGGUGGAUGGAGUCGCAACACUGGUUGACCACCUGGGCUACAAACCAGAGGAGUACAAACUGGGGAGAUCGAAAAUCUUCAUUCGUUUCCCCAAAACUCUUUUCAUGACCGAGGAUGCUCUUGAAGCCAAGAAGCCUGAGAUAGCGCUGACCCUCCAGACGUCAUGGAGAGGCUACAGGGAGAGAGCCAAGUACCAACGCAUCCGCCGAGCAGUGAUCGUGAUCCAGUCUGCGUGGCGAGGGAUGAAAGGACGCAGGAAAGCGAAAAAACGUCGUCAGGCCGCUGAUUUGAUACGGAGAUUCAUAAAGGGCUUCAUUUACCGUAAUGAGGAAUACUGCUCUGACAAUGACUAUUUCCUCGAUCACAUGCGAUGCUCCUUCCUCAAGAAUCUGCGUAGCAACCUGCCCAAGAACGUUCUGGACAAAAGCUGGCCGACUCCUCCGUCUCUGCUCACUGAGGCCUCAGGCCACUUGCAAAGGCUAAACAUGCGCAACAUGGUCAUCAAGUACUGCAGCAGGGUCCAGCCUGAGUGGAAGAAGCAGAUGACGCAGAAAGUUUUCGCCAGUGAGAUCUUCAAAGAUCAGAAGGACAGCUACCCUCAAAGUGUGGGACGACUGUUUUUGGACUCCAGACUCGAGCGUGAGCAAAUCAGUCUGAAAGUGAUCCAGACUCUCGGCAGUGACAAAGUGCAGUACGCCGUUCAAGUGGUGAAAUACGACAGGAGGGGAUUCAAGCCUCGCGUCCGCCAGCUGCUCCUCACCAACUCCUUCGCCGUGCUGGUGGACCGGACCAAGAUCAAACAAAGGAUCGACUACGCCGCUCUGAGAGGCAUCUCAGUGAGCUCUCUCAGUGAUGGGAUGUUUGUUCUGCACAUGCCAACUGAAGAUAAUAAACAAAAGGGCGACGCUGUGCUGCACAGCCACCAUGUGAUCGAGGUGGUGACUAAGCUGGCCAUGAUGGCCAGCAAGAUCAACUACGUCAAUAUCUGCCCGGGCAGCAUUCGGUUCUCUGUGGCUCGUGGCAAGGAGGGAAUAAUCGAUUUUGUGAGGGGCUCGGAGUUAAAGGUAGCCAAAGGCAAGCGGGGACAUCUGCUCGUGACCGCCCCCCGGAUCAACGACACAUGAAGAAGCGGACGGCCGGAUAAACAGUAAUCCUGUUAGCUGACUGGAGGAUUGCCAGGCAGAAGUGUUUGUUCAUUUGCAGCUGACACCAUGAAACUUGCAUGCACUGCAUACUCAACGGAAAGAAGGUCCCUUGCUGAGUCACAUGCUGUGCGUCUUAAGUGUAACACAAAUGUCUUCAGUGCUGCACUAACUAGUAA